CCUCUAUCGAUUUUCAGACGCCGCCAUCUUCGUGCGGGUUGCAGAGUUCGUAUUACAGGCGACACUAGCCUUCUUUAUUUUCGUUACAUCCAGGCCCGGAAACCUCAAAGCCAGUGAUCCGUCAGACUGUAAAAUUGUGAUUUAUAUUUAAUUUUCCCCUCUGCAAUGCUGCUGUGAAACGUCUCCACAGAAGGCUAUUAUAUUCACACAUUGAAGAGUUUCUCUCCGUCAAAGAGUCAUGGCUCCGGUAUUCCGGAGAGAGGCUCCACCAGCGGAGGUGCGACCGGAAGAGAAGGUGCUACCCUCAGCGGAGACCCCUGUCCACACCCAACACAAAAUCUUAGAGCAGAUCAAGCUCACUACCGAAGCGACGGAAAUAGACGAGGAUGUUUCCGGAGGAACUGAGGAGUCAUCAACUGAAGCCACUACAGUCAAGGGAAAGGCUGAGGAGAUCAAGGAUAAGGUGUUGGAUGUGGCUCACACAGUAGGAGAGGAGGUUGGAGCACCAACAUGGGUUGUUGUCUCUGUCUUUGUUGGUAUUGCUGUUGUGAUCCUACUGAUCUGCUUCUGCUGUAUUCGACGAUGUUGUCGCAAACGUCGCUCCAAGGAUGGCAAGAAGGGCAAGGGCAUUGUGGAUCUCAAGUCUGUCCAACUACUUGGAUCAGCCUACAAAGAAAAGGUCCAGCCGGAUAUGGAAGAGCUGACAGAGAAUGCAGAGGACAUUGCAGAAGAAGGUGACAGCAAACAGAGUGAAGUGAAGCUGGGGAAACUGCAGUAUAAGCUGGAAUAUGACUUCAACUCAAACAGCCUGGCAGUGACAGUGAUCCAAGCUGAAGAACUUCCCGCCCUAGACAUGGGUGGCACUUCUGAUCCAUAUGUCAAGGUCUACCUCCUGCCUGACAAAAAGAAGAAGUUUGAAACCAAAGUACACAGGAAAACUCUCAACCCGGUCUUCAAUGAAACAUUUACAUUCAAGAGUGUACCCUAUGCUGACGCAAUGAACAAGACCCUAGUGUUUGCCAUCUUUGACUUUGACCGAUUCUCGAAGCAUGACCAGAUCGGCGAGGUGAAGGUGCCGCUGUGUCAGGUGGACUUGGCCCAGACCAUCGAGGAGUGGAAGGAGCUGCAGAGUGUGGAGGGAGAGGGAGGCCAGGACAACAAGCUAGGUGACAUUUGCUUCUCACUACGAUACGUUCCGACUGCCGGCAAGCUGACCGUGGUCAUCCUGGAGGCCAAGAACCUCAAGAAGAUGGACGUCGGAGGGCUCUCAGAUCCAUAUGUGAAGAUUGCUAUAAUGCAAAAUGGGAAACGACUAAAGAAGAAGAAGACCAGCAUCAAGAAGUGCACCCUGAAUCCAUACUACAACGAAUCGUUCUCGUUUGAGGUUCCGUUUGAACAGAUUCAGAAAGUACAGCUGGUGGUAACGGUGGUGGACUACGAUCGUAUCGGUACGUCUGAGCCUAUCGGCAAGGUCGUGUUAGGUUAUAAUGCGAGUGGCACCGAACUGCGUCAUUGGUCCGACAUGCUGGCCUCUCCGCGCCGCCCCAUCGCCCAAUGGCACACCCUCAAGGACCCUGAAGACGAUAAGAAAGACUAAAAUGUUACCAUCAGAUUGCUUGAAGCCAGAUCGCCAUGAGGCUGAAUCCCCUACUCUCUCCAUUUGUGCAAUCCUGUAUAUAAAAAUAUAUUUUAGUGUCAAUCAUUAUUUUUAGCAAAAUAUCGAUUGGUACUGAGUUGAGAAGCGAAAGGGUACUUUCGCUUCCUGUACAGAGAUGCUAGUCCAUGUAAAUGUACAAACAAACAAACAAACCGACAUUACCGUAACCCUUAGAGCUUCCAGGCUUACAAAGAAACAUUUCCGGAGAAAAAGUUAGGGCUAUAUAACAGUUAGAUGACGACAAUAAAAUUGUAAAAUUUCAAACACUAUAGAUUAGCUUGAUUACCUGGGCAGUGUGCUACUUGGGGGUAAGAGUGUUUGUAAUAUUUUAAACUAUAAACAUAUAUUGCCUUCACUUCUGCAUGCUCUCCUGUCACACGAGUCUCUCUCGAUUGUAUAGUUAGUUUAGACCUGACCUUGUUUGUUUUGUUGAUUCAGUCAGUGUAAUAGUCUACUAUUAAGAUAUAUAGACAAGUAUUAUUAUUAUCAUUAUAUUAAUGUUGUAUAAUGUUAAUAUCUUUUAUAUUAUAACUCAUUAGGUAACUAAUGUAACUGCUUAUAACUUAAUGGAUUGUGUAUAAAAUCAAUAUUGUCUACUAAUGAAGUGUAAAACAUUCCAUGAUUUUUUAUUUAUUCCUUUUUUACUGCUACCUUAAAAAUGCAUCUGUUUUUUGUUAGAUGCUUGGUAAGUUAGAAAGAAGACAGUGAAAUUCGAGAGAUAACUGAAUGGAACUGUUACGUACCGUAGUUGAGUAUGUACUCGUAUGUUUAUUGAGCUAUUUGCAAUCUUUUUUAUAACAAAAAUUACAUGUUUAAGAAGUAAACAGAGUAGGUAGAAAUAUUUCAAAUUAUCAGUUGUGUUUUUCUUUUUUCAAAUUUAAAUCGCUGAAGCAAAUAAAAUGGAUUGUGUAAAAACUUUGUAAAGAGAGUUGUACAUGAAAAAUUUAUUUUGCCAUUCCAAUAUGUCAGAAUGGAUAUAUGUUCUUUAGCUGAGUAAAUUAGUCAGUAUUAAAAAAUAGAUUUCACCAAAAUCGUAUUUUGAGGUGUAAAUAAAGUUUUUGAAGUAGCGUGUACUCAUUAGUGAUGUAUUUAUGCACCGGAUUUAACCAUGUAUUUAUCAAGUAUGCUGCAGCUUUUGUUGGUUUACUUACACUCUACCAGAUCAACCGAGUCCAAGCUCUCUUAUUGUAUAGGCCUAAACCUUACCAUAUCAGUUGGCCAUUUUAGCACAACUCUCCCUAACGUAAUGAGUCGCAGAGUGGACUGUUCUUUUAGAUAAUGCAUCAUUCAUUUGUGAAGCACAAAAAAUGAGUGAUGCAAGUGAAUUAAACCUGGCUUCUUCAAAGAAUAUGUAAUUUAUUUUAGCCAGAAAUAUGUUAAGGACAGUCAGGUUUUAAUGAGAUCAUAUGUUUAGAAUUAUAAUUUUUCAAUUACUGUAGUUGCUUUCAGCCUGAAACUUAACAUUCAUUUUCAAACUGUAUAUAUCCUUGUCUUAAAGAACAGUUCUACUCUGCCAUGGCCAAUUCUGUUCUAAUGUUCAACUCCUAUUGUUAUCCUAGCAGCCAGGAGAAGUGUACCCCACUUAUCAUUAUCAAUGUACCAUACUUUAUUGUUGCUCCUGUAUAACGUUGGUAUUCUCAGAGUUUAUUUCCAAAUUGAUGAUAAGUGUGUUGCCUGGCUGAACCUUGACUGGGCUGUUAUGUAAUAAAGAUGUUGCCAGGAA